AAAAACGAAGCUUCAACUAUGACGGAAAAUGUUUAAAAUUAUUUAUAACCCGUCUCGUGGCUUAACUUUGGAGCAAACAUUACACAUUUCAUACACAUCUAAUGAAUUUAUAAUCGGUGUGUGACAACCCUGCUGGGAAUACAUGCUUAUGGUACAUGUAUAUGUGAUUGCUUGUAUGUGUGUGUAUAUUUUUCUGGUACCAUUCAUGCGCGUUUUAAAACGUACUGGUCUCGCGUUUGUUUUGCCUUGCAACUUGGAUUCAUUAUAAUUAACUUAAAAUGAGAGUCGAAGACCCAGAUUCAUUUUGGCAUGAUAAAGUGGCGUACAGCAAUGCCGAGCAACUGUUCUAUGAGGGAGUUGACAAAAGAAAACCAGAACCUAGUAAAGCCGUCCAUACCGUCCCUGUCACAACCACAAAAAAGACUAAAAAACGAAAGGCCAUGGCGGAAAAUCAACAGCAACAUAUAAACUUAUUAUACCUAAACCCCCUGACUUUGGAGGCAAGCUAUUUCUUGGAAACCCUUGAAGAAGUUAACCGCAAAAGUAAUCUACAAUUGGAUCCAUAUUUGACGAACUUGUUGGAGCGCAUUGUUGUCGGUAUUGAGAAGUAUCUGGACAAGAAGCCAACCUACAUAGUACCCAAGGCUGCCCAACCGGUUCCCAAUAACCAGCCAACUGUAACAGGAGCUGGGGGACUUACCUUUGUGCCGCCCAGUGAGUUGCAGAAAAUCAAGCGAACAUUCAACUGUACUGCUUGCACGCAUCGCAUUGUGGGCACAACAAUUGCCAAGGCGGUGGGACAUUUGGCCGAACAACAUCCGAAUCCCAAUCCAAAUGGCACCGUCAAUGGACAGCGACCGAUGCCGACGAAACAGGAGAAAAAGCGUGUUGAGGUGGAAGCACGCUCAAAGAUGACCAUACAGCUGCCAAAAAAAGUUAAAGCUCUGGCAACAGGCGACAUAACACAUAUGUUCAAAGAUAAGUAUCAGGUUGCGGAUAAGCUUAAAGUAAUGCCGGAGUACGAUGAUAUUGAAAAGGAUCUAUGCAAGCUACUUACAUCCACUUUUACUAAUGAACCUGUUCGCAUAUAUAAGUUCGGAUCGCGGAUAACGGGUAUUGGCACGUGCUCAUCUGACUUGGAUGUAUUUGUAGAUAUUGGCAAUAGCUUUCACACAUUCGAGCAUCGCGCUUCCAAGGAUACUCUUUUCAGGCUUCGGAUAUUGCGGGAAUUGUUCUGUGCAAGCAACGAAUGGCGUAUUAUCAAUGUCAUUGAACAGGCGAGAGUGCCUAUAAUAAAGACGUGUCAUCUGGCCUCUGGCAUCGAGUGUGAUAUAUGCCUAAAUAGCUUGGGAUUUUGUAACACAAACUUGCUUAAAUAUAUAUUCGAAACGCAGCCACUAGCCCAGUACAUGUGCAUCUAUUUGAAAACCUGGCUAGAGCGUUGCAAAUUAACAGAACAAAUAUCCACAUACAGCAUGGCUUUGAUGGUCAUCUACUUUUUGCAGCUCCAACAACUGCUUCCAUCAAUUGAACUUAUGCAACAGGAGGAUUCAUUGCCAGCCAAGCAGCUGGUGGGACCUUGGAUUGCGAAUUUCGCACAAAAGUCACUCAGCGAUAUGGGAGUGCAGCAGAUUGAGGUUAGCGUGCCGCUGAUUAAGGAGAAAGUGAAAGAACUGUUUGAGUUCUAUGCAACGUUUAACUAUGAGCGGUACAUGGUUUGCCCCUAUUUUGGAAGAAAACAUGUAGCUAUUUCAAAAAUUCUAAAAGAGAUGCCAAAAAGGUAUACGAAAUACGCUUAUAACAAUCCAGAGUCGGAGCUGCAGAUUCAGAAGCCUAUGGUCGUUCAAGAUCCCAUACAGCUGAACCAUAACGUGACAAAGGCGGUGACAAAAUAUGCAUUAAAAACAUUUGUUGAUUUCUGUGCACAAACAGCGGCGCUGCUUGCCACGCCUUCGCCGAAUUAGCGCAAGGCAAAUUAAAUUAAACUACUUGAAAAUAAAGGACGCGCGUUCAGUGGAAUGAAUAUUA